AUGAAGAAGAAGAGGAAGAAGGCGGAGAAGAAGGGGGUGGACCGGAAGAUUGUGAUUGAAUUGAUCAAUUAUGGCCAAUUUGGUCAAUUUAGUCAAUUUGGUCAAUUUGGUCAAUUUGGUCAAUUUGGUCAAUUUGGUCAAUUUGGUCAAUUUGGUCAACUUGGUCAAUUUGGUCAAUUUGGGCAAUCACCCCAAUGUCAAAUUUCAUUACAUUUCAUUUGUUAUUCCUCUUAUUUGAAUACGAGAGUAUCUGAGAGCUUAGGCCGUGUGCAAACACGAUCAGAUUUCAUCGAAUUAGUAUGUGAUCUUGGUCACCUGAAGAUCGUAUGCGCACGCACCAUCAGAAAUCGCGUGAUAAGGAGUCUUGAGGAGCCAGAAAGCUUUUAG